AUGACAAAACAGGCACCAAAGAGCUCAUUAAAGCCAGCAGAAGAAGCAUCAGUUGGAAAUAUGGGCGAUAUCAACAAAUUAAACGAAGAAAAGAAGGAUCAAAAGCCAGCUCUCGUUAUCGAAGCUUCAAAUCUCAAUCUUGUUAUGAAGUAUACAGGACUUGAUAAGCAAUCAGCAAUUGAUCUCAUCGAAAAGAAUAACGGAGAUAUCAAGGCAUCUCUUAAAUCUUUUGUUCUCGAAUAA